AGGGAGCGGCGCGGCGCAGGGUCGCAUGACAUUAAUGCCACCUGACGAUUGGUCGUGACACGGAGGCUCGUCCGGACCGUUUAAAAAUAAAUUAGCACCGCGCGUAGUGUCGCGCGAGUUAAAUUGAAACCGGCCAGUGCACUCGGGGAAUUUACGCCGGGCGUUCGAUUGCUCCGUGUCGAAGUCGUGUUUCUAUCGUCGCCGGUGAUCAUCGGGAGCUCUCGGUUGCUAGUGCGCUGGUUGUGCGUGCCCGCUCGAGGAAUGACGUGCGAUCGGGAGCACGUGUGAGUGAUCGAUGCCUGUUUUACGGCUGUCGUUGGUCGUCGGAUCCAGUCAGAUCAAUUCCCACUGAUAUCUACGCGUGAAUGUGCGCGGCGAAAGGUUGAACCUAACCUAGAAAAACGAGCCGCGCGUAGGCUCUGGUCUAGUUCACGACCACGUUUCAUGGUGCACCAGGUUCGUCGCUCCGGUUCGAGGGUCGCGAGUGGUGGACGCCUUUUGUUUCGUGCCCCCUAAAUCGGCGCGUACCGGAGUAAUUCCUGUGGGAGUGUGUGACAAGAACCGUGACGAUGCUUAUUUAAUAGUGGCCGUGUCAACCCGAGGAGAGUCGUCGGUUACUCUGACGUGUCUCGUGGCACCACGAUGUAAAGCGGGACCAGGGCUACCCGAGGAAUGAUAUAAUUAGUGCGCGCACACGUAAGUUGCGUUUGGAUCUGUAGAUUUAGCCGCGGGCGGCCGCGACGCGCGUUUCUUCGUUGCAUCGCCGUAUCAUCGUUCCUUUUAUUGUCGUUGGUUGCGUCAUUAAUUCACGCGAACGCGAACGCGCGUAUUACGUCGUAACGGGCCCGCGCCUCUCGCCGACUCUCUUUUUAACGAAAAUACGGACUGAAUGAUGUGUCAGUUGCGUAACGUCACUGAUAAGUACGCGAAAAACUCCUGGAUGUUUUACCCGAUUCUGUGUAACCUUUGUUCUGUGUCUACAAAGAGAAAUCUAGUCGCACAUGCGACCAAUGUCGAGUAUACGUGCUCGAGCCAGCAUGCGUUCCGGUUUAUCAAACACAAUUGGAUUCAUCUUUGACCGGUCAAUCGCCAAACAAUAUGUUUAUCUGCAUGCUGUGAGAUACGACAAUGAGACAGCCUUAAGGUGAAAUGUUCCGUAGUCUGCCAGAUAGGGUGGCUGGGCUGUACUAUUCUCACGGCCUGGUCUGCUCUUCGCAUCCUAUUGCUAUUAUUUCAUUGGCAAUCUCCAUAAUGUUAUUAUGUUGCUAUCCUUUGGUCAAUUUGCCGAUGCCUGGCAAUGCGCCAAGGACUGUAAUCAAUCAUACAUUUGUACCUGAAAACAAUACGGAGGCCUCUGUGUUCUAUGUGCAACAAGUGGUAUUAAGAACCGGAGUUAUUCCAUGGACAGAAGAGUUAACUCUGAUGGAUGCAUUCCGGGGCCCACUUUAUGAAGUUUUUAAUCUACUAGAGAUUAUACAAAAUUAUCAGCAUCCAGAAACACUCAAAACACUUGGACAAGUUUGUUUACACAUUGAAGCUGUUAAAAAAAGAAAUGGUAAAAAGCCAGAAGUGUUGCCAGAAUAUAAUUGUCUUGUUCUUUCACCUGCAAAUCUAUGGCAAAGAAGCAUAGAGUUAUACGCACAGGAUACAAAUCUGAUAAAUACGAUAUAUUCGUAUCAGAAUCUACAGAAAGGUAAAGUAAGCUUAGCUGAGAUAAUGUUUGGAAUGAAUCUUAAAGAAACUGGUAUAAAACGGUAUCCAAUUCGUCUUCGACAAAGAAUAUUGCAAUACGCAGUAACUAUUUUCUUAAGGGACUAUGAUCAUGAAUUUAUUGAGGGAUUACACCACAGAUUGAAAAAUUAUUAUCACCUUCAUCAAAUAGAAGGAGAUAACGCAACAUACAUACCCACUGAUGAAACAUUACAUAUUUUAUAUCCUGGAGAAUUCAAUUACAGUGAUUUUUUCCCAUUAAUGAUGACUUUCAACGCCCUAUUCUUUUAUGUUUAUUUUUCUGUGAGGAAAAUAGAAUUGAUAAAGUCAAAGAUUGGGAUAGCAUUUAGCGCAACUGUUACAGUAAUAGGUUCACUGUCCAUGACUGUGGGUGUAUGUUUUUUUUUUGGCUUAACGUUAAGUUUAAGUGGAAAGGAGGUAUUUCCAUAUCUGGUGAUUAUCGUAGGACUAGAAAAUGUAUUGGUAUUAACCAAAAGUGUAGUGAGCACUCCAGCACACUUGGAUGUAAAAAUACGAGUUGCUCAGGCUUUGUCCAAAGAGGGUUGGUCCAUUACUAAGAACCUACUUACAGAAGUGACGAUACUGACAAUUGGUUUGUUCACGUUUGUACCAGCCAUACAAGAGUUUUGUAUAUUCGCCAUUGUCGGGCUGGUCAAUGACUUCUUUCUGCAAAUGGUCUUUUUCUCGACCAUUCUCGCGAUCGACAUUAAACGCACAGAGCUUUCUAGCGAAACCUCUAGAUUCCAUAUGCCACAUAUUCCCACUAUGCGCAAACAACAGUUUACAACGACCAUAACGAAUAGAAAGCCGAACAUUUUCCGAUCGAAGUCACACCCGAGACUAAAUGGCCUGUCUAAUGGUCCAACAAAUGUGAUAGCUCCAAACACGCAGAACACUCACACGUUGGGCAAGAUUCCAAAACGUUUGCGAAUAGUACAUUUCUGGGCGAGGACGAGAAUAUUUCAACGUGCCUUUAUGGUAUGGAUGGUUGUCUGGAUCAGCAUGAUUGUUUAUAAUUCAGGCAUCGUUGAACAUGUCAUACAUUUAAGUGACACAUUGAAAUCAGAAUCUGAGAUUGAUGGAUACACUCUAGACAAGCCUCAGUCACUGAACAACUAUAUCGAAUUAAACACAAUGAAACCAUUAUCAAUGCCCUCGGCCACCAUUGCCCCAGAUCAUUUAAAUAGACAGGAUGAUCUAACUAAUAACGUUACGGAAGAGUUAAACAAAUUGAAACCAGUGGAUUUUCCGCCUUGGAAUCGUUUAUCAUUUUAUCACUGGUCUUCGGUUCUCUCCAUGUACAAUAUUUCUGCGGCCGGUGGACGAAUAACUAUACUACCAACAGUAAAACUAUCUCACGCUGUGAGUCCACAGUUGGUUAAACAAAUUAGCAAUCCCAACGACGUGCAACAUUUCCAAUGGCAGAACCUCGCAACCGCGGCUCUUGACCCAUUAGAUUUCUCAGAUAUGGAGCUACCAAGUAGAUCUGAGAGUAGAGGUUUUAACGCAGAUGCACCAUUCAUUCCAUCAAGCCCCAUGGAGAUCUUCCUGGCCGCAGUACUUUGCCUUAUUAGCGUCGUCGUUGUUGCUUACACUAUGGUCGUACUUUAUAGAUGUAUCUGUUCAAGAAAUUACGCUGAAUGGAGGGCCAGUUGGCAUCAGCCAGAGAAAGCUCAUGAUUCCUCGACACAGCUAGUUCUGGAAGCGUUGCCAUUGGUCCUUGAAGGGCACACGCAAGAAGUUGAGUGCAUUGCUACAGACAGUAACACUAUUGCUAGCACUUGUUUAGCUGGGCACAUACGAGUCUGGGAUGCGACUUCCGGUGAACAACUGGCUCACGUAGAUAGGAAACAGUUUUUCAGUAGUCCAAAAAAGAAUUUGAGUCAAGCAGCAACAGAUGUAGAUGAAUUGAUGUCAGAUUAUGAGAGUGGCUCGCCUCCUUCGAGAGGAGAAAUGGAAGGCACUGACUCCUUUGGACUUUACUCAGCGGUCAACUACAGAAAAUCGUCUCCUGGUUUAUGCAACAUGCAUAGGGGACAUACUAACACUAUCAGUAAGAGACACUCGAUGGGAAACACAUCAGAGUAUGAGUAUCAGGCGAACGAAUACAACCUAGAGAAGAAGAUACAUCUGCGCAGAAGUUUGGACAAUGCUUAUGAUACUCCUGAUCUGAAGUCAGCGAUCAACAUCAAAUUCUCUUCAAUGAAACAUACAACUCCAACGCAACAAAACUACGAACAAGGAUACGAUUUUGGAGAUCAGUACAAAUAUCUUUUCGAAAAACACAAUAAGUCUAUAGACGAACUGCAGAAGUCAGAAAGCGCAGAGCAAUUGUGUAUGCCUAGCAGUAGAUUGAGCACAUCUCACUUAGUGGGUAGUGCGUCUUCAUUAAGCACAGAUAAAACUGUACAAUAUUCACAAGUGUCCCCUAUUUGGUGUAUGGAUUACCAAGAAAACUUGAUAGUAGUGGGUUGCGCUAACGGAAGUUUAGAAUUUUGGGAAGGUACCACGGGUAGGUUUAAAUGUCUGUUCGAUGACGGAUCCGGGUUUGGUAUAUCCGCAGUCAAAUUCGUCGGUAGCCGAGUUGUAGCUGCCAAAUUGAAUGGCUCCGUUGACUUUUUGCAACUGGAGAGUUAUAGCGAGGGCCAACAAAUUGAUUGGGGUUUCACUUCGUACAGAAGAACUCACGUUAGGACGGGAAGUGCUGGCUCACCUAUGGAUAUAAAUAACAUCAUGCAAUCCGAAGAAGACCUUCGUUGCAUAAAAAUUAGUUCUCAUAGAGUGCAUCAACAAGCAAUAACUGUGCUUGACAGCGAGGGUGGCCGCGUUUUGACCGGUAGUCAAGAUCACACUCUCAAAGUGUAUAGGUUAGAGGAUCAGUUGCCAUUAUACACACUUCAUGGACAUUGUGGGCCCAUAUCCUGUCUUUUUAUCGACAGGAUGAGUCCAAUGACAUCCGGUAGCGGAUCUCAAGAUGGACUACUAUGCGUUUGGGAUCUUCUGACUGGAACAUGCAUGUACAGUAUACAGGCCCAUGAUGGUGCCGUGGCAGCUAUUACAUGCUCUGUGUCCUAUGUGAUAAGCAUUGGAACUGAUGAAAGGCUGUGUGUCUGGGAAAGGUUUCAGGGACACUUACUACACACUCUUCCAGCACACAGAUCAGCGUAUAGUUUACAGUUAGUCAUGUUAACGCAUCAUCUACUCAUCACUAGUAAUCAGGGGUCGCUAGUAGUGUGGGACGUAAGGACAGGAGAACCUGUGCGUGAAGUGAGGCUGGGUCACAAAGAUAGUUGUAUUUUCGUGAAACAAAUGUUAGCGUUAAGGGACAGCGUGGUCUGUGACUUCGGGCGACAGUUACGGAUAAUUAGAUUCCCAUUGGUCUCUGACAAGCUAGACUAAGAUCUGUAUAUGCACUUUGUACAUAGCUGUUUUUUUUCUUUUUUGUUCUCGUUUUUUCUUCCUUAUUUAAUACUUGAGGGAAGUGUUCCGCACUUCGCCUGGGGACAGAAAUUUUUACACGACGUACACAAUUUUAUAUUUGAAGCGGUUGUACACAAUUUUAAUAAGAAUAUUUUACACGAACGACUAUGUCAUGAUUACACCUUAAUAUUUAUACUCCGUUGAGACAGUGAGCAUAUGCGAGAGUAGACUACGCUUGUCCUUGGCAAUGGGAAUACAUAGUUUUUAAUCAGUUCACGAGACAAAUUGUUUAUGCGAGUACGGAUGCUGGAACGCACUGUAAAAAUGGAGAAUAUAAUGUUGAGGACAGUGAUAGAGGAUACCAGAAACGAUAUUUUUCAUUAAUCCGAGUCAUCUUGGUGGUGCCUCUGUUCACUGUCUUGGAUGUAUGGCUGUGUUACAUUCGGAAAUAUCCGAUUAUCAUUUCGCGGCGCGAUUCAGGAAUAUUAAUUUCCUACGUAAAGGAUUUAAAGGACAACUCGGUAUGCUUCGGUCAAUUUUAUGAUAGAUAGAAGUUGCAUUUGUUGAGCCGGUGCUGUCCUAUAAGACACGGAGGUGCUGGAUUUUCACUUCUGUGUUGUAAAGCCAAGUACAGUAGCGAUGUUAAUUAACUUUGACUUGUACGAGGAAGGCUAGUAGUUAGAAUUUCAAUGAGCAAUGUAUGUGCCUGGUGUAUCAGUUUGUGACGAUGCAUGUUAACGAACGUUUUACAUUUAUUGUAUAGUAAAAAUGUCUCUGUACACGCGUCAUCUCGUUACACGUGUAACGGUCUAAGAGUGCCUUUAUACCAAUCCCUAUUUAGUGGAACUAAACAGGGAAGUGUCGCAGUAAAGGACUACGAACAUACACAUUGAAGGAAGGGAUCUCAGUCUUCUAACACGUAGGAAGUUCUACGUAAUUUAGAAGGAGACUCAAAUUAACAGUACGCUAAAUGUUCUAUCGUUUAGAACGUUGAUCUUCAGCCACGGAUGAACCAGACAAUCCAAGUUCAUCCCCGUAAGACUUGUAUGUACUGUUAAGUUUAACACUUGCAUUCGAAACUUCACCGUUUGUCACCUCCCGUACUAAACGCUUAGUCUUGUUUAGCUUUAGCAGCGGUCUAUUUUUGUAAGGAGAAUCGUUGCUCCUCGCUGAGCAAACUUUGGGUCCUAUUUUAUAUGUGUAAUUGUAGUAAGACUUACGAGUGUGUAUAAAAUACAUUUUCGUUUCACAACACAUCGAGGGAUGAGUGGGAUAUGCAGUGUUUUGAUUGUGUCCACGCGAGAAGCUAUGUAGAAUCAUAUUGUUGAAGAGUGUCUAAUGUCACGCAGAGGAGUCUCCUAAUAAUUAGCUGGAUUUGAAUCAAAAUGGGUAUUCGAAUGAAAAUUUGAAUUGACUAGAUACUGUCGUAUUUGAAGUUCAGUGUACGACUUCAUUACACCCAAACUUUCUACGCUUCCAAUAAUGUGAUAUAAAUAGUAGAACAGCUUCCAACGAAACAAUGCAAUUUCUGACGAUUCAUUAAGGGAAAGGAGACUAGAAUUGCCAUCACCAUUUUUAGCUUCUCAACAAGGGUCCAAGGGGGUGCGAAGAAAUAUGUCCUGUUAAUCUUAGGGCACUCCUCUUGCGAUAGAAAUUUAAUAUGAGUGUUGCGAAAUGAAUGUUACAACAUAGUGAUCUAUAUGCCUUUAGACUGAAUUGUAAGACGAUUUGUAUCGACAAGUCUCUUUUAUUUUCUGAUACCCUGUUCGAGGUAACUAGUGCUCGCGAUCACGAUCACGAUCAUAAUCUAUUAAUACAUAUGUAUAUAAUAUACAUAUAUAUUAUAUAUAUUAAGUAUAAUAUAUAUCAUAUAUUAUUGUAUAUACAUAUAUACAUAUACAUAUAUUUUUCUUAACCAAAGUUGCAAAUCACAUCGGGUCGUGACACGCUUGUGUGAGUAGAAGUUAACUGACGAAAGAAAGUAUCUCAAAAAAAAGGAAAAUUAGAGAAAGAAAAUGUAAAAAAAAGUAAGUGCUUCUAACGGCGCAGCUGGUUGGCUAAUUUAGGAGUCCGUGUGAUUUUUAUAUUUAUUUAAUUAAUUUACCAAGUGCAAAUCUGUCGUACACCAGAUAUAUCAUCCUUAAUAAAUUCUCACAUUUACUAAAU